AUGCCUCCACCACGACCACCACCGGAGCCAGCCUCCAACGACGCAAGACCGAAGCCAUCCAAGAAAGCGGGAAAACCUACUAUUGGAUCAGCCUCAAAAUUUUCCAAAGAUGGCGAUAGUGUCUCCAAAAAGAAGCCGAAAGGCUCAAAGAAAAAGAGAAAACGGGCCAAAGAGCGGGGAGAUAAAAGGGCAAGAAAAGAACGGCGAGCCAAGCAACAGCGAGAAGAAGCAGAAGCCAGGAAGGAACAGACCAGACGGGAGGAGGAGCAACGACGUGAAGAACAAAAAUGGCAUGCCCAAAACCCCAAACCCGGCAUCUCAUCCCAACAAGGCGACCGUGAAAAAUACGGCUUCCAGUACCACCGCUGGGCCAAAGCUUGUGAGACAUUCUUCGAAGACAAGGAAGCGCCAUUUCCUCGCCCGCAUCGAUACGGCUGCAAGCAAAAGCGCUGUAUCAGGGGGGACAAACUCAACAUCUGCCAUCACGAUGUUGAAAAGACAUUGAGAGGAAGCGGCAUGUACUCCGAGAAGUGGUUAAGGAAGGAGAGGCUGCGUUGGCAUCCGGAUAAAUUCUCUGGCAGGCCGGAGGUCCGUGAUGAGGCGCAGGAGCUUUUCCAGUUGAUCGAGAGAGUCAGGGAAGGAGAAGGUGAAAGUGUGAAAUUUGAAUAG